AUUUUUUCAAAAUGGAAGCAGGAUCUGCACUAAAAAGUUUUGUUGAGUAUACCUCAGAGCAUCAUUUCCCAUUGGAAAAUAUUCCUUUCGGUACCUUCAAGAACCCAGAGACCAAUGAGACACACUGCUGUACAAGAAUUGGAGAUUUCGUCAUUGAUCUGGCAGUACUCCAUGAUUUAGGACAUUUCUCAGGAGAUCAUCUCAAGGGUGAAAAUGUCUUCAACCACGAAUUCCUCAACACUUUCAUGGCUGCUGGAAGACCAGCCUGGACCGAAGCUAGAGUCACAAUCCAGAACUUGUUCGCAGAAGGAUCAUCAUUUGCGAGUGACGAAGAUGGCAAGAGCAAGACUAUGUUUGCUUUUGAUAAGGUUGAAAUGACUCUCCCAGUUAAUAUCAAGGACUACACUGAUUUCUACUCAUCCAAGCAUCAUGCUUACAAUGUAGGAUGUAUGAUUAGAGGACCAGAUAAUGCUCUUCAACCAAACUAUACCUACUUGCCAGUUGGAUAUCAUGGAAGAUCAUCUUCAAUUGUGCUCAGCGGUACUGAUGUUAGAAGACCAAAGGGACAAGUCUCAGCAGACAAGAAGGUCCCAACUUGGAGUGACUGUAAGAGACUCGACUUCGAACUCGAAAUGGGAGCAUACGUUGGAGUAGGAAAUGAACUUGGCAAACCAAUCAAGAUCUCUAACUCUUCUGACCAUAUUUUCGGACUUAGCUUGCUGAAUGAUUGGAGUGCUAGAGAUAUCCAAGUUUGGGAAUACGUUCCUCUUGGACCAUUCAAUGCAAAGAACUUCGCUUCUACUGUUUCACCAUGGAUCAUCACUCUUGAGGCUUUGGAGCCAUUUAAGAUUGCUCAUCAAGAGCAGGACCCUGAACCAUUGCCAUAUCUUAAGGAAGAGAAUCCUUCAACUUAUAAUAUUGACUUGCAUGUAGGAAUCCAAUCAGAGAGUAUGGAUGCUCCACACGAAGUUUGCAAGAGUAACUUUAAGCAUUUGUAUUGGAACGUCAACCAACAAUUGACUCAUCAUGCUGUCACAGGCUGCAACAUGAGCACUGGAGAUUUCCUUGGCUCAGGAACCAUCAGUGGUCCUGAAAAAUCAGAGAGGGGAUGACUCCUUGAGCUCUCUUGGGCAGGAAAAGAGAAAAUCUCCCUUGGAAACGACGAAGAGAGAGUAUUCCUCAAGGAUGGAGACUCUGUCAAUAUGACUGGAGUCUGUCACGGAGAAGGCUACACAAUCGGAUUCGGAGACUGUGUCGGAAAGGUCCUUCCUGCUCUUGAUGAUAAGGAUUACUUCUAGUCAAUAAGAAUAGUCCGAAA